AUGAGCCAAAAGGAGCCAAUGAUCAUCCAACCAGUACCUGAGCUACCCUGGAGCAAAGUUGGAAUGGACUUAUGCGAACUAGAGGGUAACAAUUACCUAAUCAUUGUAGACUUCUUCUCCAACUUCAUUGAAGUAGCACCAUUGCAAAGAGACACUCGAACGAGCACCAUCUUAAAACACAUCAAGCAAAACGUGGCUCGUUAUGGAAUCAUGGACUCAAUCAUCUCGGACAACGGUCCACAGUUCACCAGUGCUGAAUUCCGAGAAUUCAUCGAAAAAUAUGGCAUCACCCAUAUUACGUCGUCGCCUUUGCACCAACAAACAAACGGCCUUGCUGAAAAGGCUGUACAAACCGUUAAAAAUCUAAUUAAAAAGUGUAGCGAAACAGGGGACGACAUCUACUUAGCCCUGUUAGAACUAAGAAACACACCACGCGAUAACAUCGGAUCACCGAUGCAACGUUUGAUGGGUCGACGCGCAAAAACACUAAUACCUAUGAAACAACAUUGCGACAACCAGAAGCAACCAAAUGAAAAUGUCGCACCGAAGUUGUUAGAAUUUCGUGAAAAGCAAAAAUUCUACUACGACCAACCACGCGAAGAGCAAGGACAAAUCUUCAGCCAGGGGACGCAGUAA